AUGGUAGAUCCACUUAAAAUCUUCUGGGUACUCACGAACAGCACGUAUCUAGUUACCAAAUUCAUCCGUAUUGGAAUCGCUGACAAGAAUGACAAUCCACCGUACUUCGACAAGGCUCUGUAUGAGGCGGAGGUCGACGAAAAUGAGGACAUCCAGCACACCGUACUCACUGUCACCGCCAAAGAUCACGAUGAAUCCUCGCGUAUUCGAUACGAGAUCACAAGCGGUAACAUAGGCGGUGCCUUCGCGGUGAAGAACAUGACGGGUGCUAUCUACGUCGCUGGCGCCCUGGAUUACGAGACGAGAAAGCGAUACGAGCUUCGUCUAGCAGCGUCGGAUAACCUGAAGGAAAACUACACCACGGUCGUGAUUCACGUUAAGGACGUCAACGACAAUCCGCCGGUGUUCGAGCGUCCCACCUACCGGACCCAAAUCACCGAAGAAGAUGACCGGAAUUUGCCAAAGCGCGUCCUGCAGGUGACGGCCAGCGACGGCGAUAAGGACCGUCCGCAGAAUAUCGUGUACUUCCUUACGGGUCAGGGCAUCGAUCCGGAUAAUCCAGCGAACAGCAAGUUCGACAUCAAUCGCACCACCGGAGAAAUUUUCGUCCUAAAGCCGCUGGAUCGAGAUCAACCGAACGGCCGGCCGCAGUGGCGUUUCACCGUGUUCGCCCAGGACGAAGGUGGCGAAGGUCUGGUCGGCUACGCGGACGUCCAGGUCAACCUGAAGGACAUCAACGACAAUGCGCCGAUCUUUCCGCAGGGAGUGUACUUUGGAAAUGUCACCGAGAAUGGUACCGCUGGCAUGGUGGUAAUGACGAUGACGGCCGUCGAUUAUGACGAUCCGAAUGAAGGCACCAACGCGAAACUGAUAUACUCCAUCGAGAAGAACGUAAUCGAAGAGGAAACGGGAUCACCGAUUUUCGAAAUCGAAGCGGACACGGGUGUCAUCAAGACGGCCGUCUGCUGUCUGGAUCGGGAACGAACGCCGGACUACUCGAUACAGGUCGUAGCGAUGGAUGGAGGGGGGCUCAAGGGGACUGGGACGGCCUCUAUACGCGUCAAGGAUAUAAACGAUAUGCCGCCGCAGUUCACGAAAGACGAGUGGUUCACCGAGGUGGACGAAACGGACGGUACGAAUCUGCCGGAGAUGCCGAUUCUGACGGUGACGGUUCACGAUGAGGACGAAACCAAUAAGUUCCAGUAUAAGGUGAUCGACAACAGUGGAUACGGAGCGGACAAGUUUACCAUGGUGCGAAACAAUGAUGGUACGGGUAGCUUGAAAAUCGUGCAGCCUUUGGACUACGAGGAUCAGCUGCAAAGCAAUGGAUUCCGAUUCCGUAUUCAAGUGAACGAUAAGGGCGAAGACAACGAUAAUGACAAAUACCACGUGGCGUACUCGUGGGUGGUUGUGAAAUUACGCGAUAUUAACGACAACAAACCUCAAUUCGAGCGGCCGAACAUUGAAGUUUCGGUGUACGAAAAUGCCGACGUCGGCAAAACGCUGGAGACGUUCAAAGCCACCGAUCCAGAUCAGGGUGGUAAGAGUAAAGUUUCCUACGCCAUCGACCGAUCUUCCGAUCGACAACGACAGUUCUCAAUCAAUCAGGAAGGCACCGUAACCAUUCAACGGCAACUCGACCGAGAGGUAACGCCUCGUCAUCAGGUCAAGAUACUUGCCAUCGAUGACGGUAUUCCACCGAAAACUGCCACCGCAACGUUAACGGUGAUUGUACAGGACAUCAACGACAAUCCUCCCAAGUUCCUAAAAGACUACCGGCCGGUCCUUCCGGAGCAUGUUCCACCGAGGAAGGUGGUGGAAAUACUCGCAACCGACGACGAUGAUCGAUCGAAGAGCAACGGUCCGCCGUUCCAGUUCCGGCUAGAUCCGGGUGCCGAUGAUAUCAUUCGAGCUUCGUUCAAGGUCGAACAAGAUCAGAAAGGUGCCAACGGAGACGGUAUGGCAAUUGUGUCCUCGCUGCGGUCAUUCGAUCGCGAGCAGCAGAAAGAGUACCUGAUUCCAAUCGUGAUCAAGGAUCACGGAAACCCGGCAAUGACCGGCACCAGCACGCUGACGGUGGUGAUUGGUGACGUCAACGACAAUAAGAUGCAACCCGGAUCGAAAGAGAUCUUCGUGUAUAAUUAUCUGGGUCAGGCGCCCGAUACGCAGAUAGGUCGGGUGUACGUGUACGAUCUGGAUGAUUGGGAUUUGCCGGAUAAGAAGUUCCACUGGGAAACGAAUCACGAGCAUCCACGGUUCAAGCUGGAUGAGGAUACCGGAAUGAUAACGAUGCGUACCGGUACGAAGGACGGUCGAUAUCAUUUGCGGUUCAAAGUGUACGAUCGGAAGCACACGCAGGCGGAUGUUCCAGCCAAUGUGACUGUUACGGUACGGGAGAUCCCGCAUGAUGCUGUUAUCAAUAGUGGAUCUAUUCGGAUAGCAGGUAUUACGGAUGAGGACUUUAUACGGGUAUGGAACUACAGGACGCAGAGUCUGUCGAGAAGUAAGCUGGAUCGGUUCAAAGAUAAGUUGGCGGAUUUGUUGAACACGGAUCGGGAGAACGUGGAUGUGUUCAGUGUGCAGUUGCGAAGAAAGCAUCCGCCUUUGACGGAUGUGCGGUUCUCGGCGCACGGUUCGCCCUAUUAUAAGCCGGUCCGGUUGAACGGCAUUGUGCUGAUGCAUCGAGAGGAGAUUGAGAAGGAUGUUGGUAUCAAUAUUACGAUGGUUGGUAUCGACGAGUGCUUGUAUGAGAAUCAGAUGUGCGAGGGGUCGUGUACGAAUACGCUGGAUAUUAGUUCGCUGCCUUACAUGGUGAAUGCUAAUAAGACGUCUUUGGUCGGGGUGAGGGUGGACGUGAUUGCGGAGUGCACCUGCGGUGCUAGAAAUUUCAGUAAGGCGGAAUCGUGUCGGUCUUCGCCGUGCUACAAUGGAGGGCGCUGCAUGGAGACGCGCUAUGGGUUAACGUGCUCGUGUCCCACCGGUUACACUGGUCCGCGGUGUCAGCAGACGACGCGCAGCUUCCGAGGCAAUGGAUGGGCGUGGUAUCCACCGCUGGAUAUGUGCGACGAUUCGCAUCUUAGCUUCGAGUUUAUAACUCGUAAAUCUGACGGGCUGUUGUUGUACAAUGGACCGAUUGUGCCCCCGGAACGGGACGAAGUGCUCGUGUCCGAUUUCAUUUCUGUCGAGUUGGAGAGAGGAUACCCAAGACUGCUGAUAGACUUCGGUUCCGGGACACUAGAGCUGAGGGUCAAAACGAAGAAGAGUCUGGACGAUGGCGAGUGGCAUCGGUUGGACAUAUUCUGGGACACCGAGAACGUCCGUAUGGUUGUGGAUUACUGUAAGUCGGCUGAGGUGUCCGAGAUGGAGGACGGAUCGCCGCCGGAGUUUGACGAUUCAUCCUGUCAAGCGCGGGGUACGAUUCCACCGUUCAAUGAAUAUCUGAAUGUGAACGCUCCCCUGCAGGUGGGCGGUUUCUAUCGGGAGCAGUUUGAUCCGACGCACUACCGCUGGAACUACAUGCCGAUGGGUAAAGGAUUCGACGGGUGUAUAAAGAAUCUAGUGCACAAUAGUAAACUGUACGACUUGGCACAUCCUGGACUGUCGCGGAAUAGCGUGGCUGGUUGUCCGCAAACGGAGGAGGUUUGUAGUCAAAGUGAACAGACUUCGCGCUGCUGGGAGCACGGUAACUGUGUUGGAAGUUUCACGGAGGCACGAUGCCAAUGCCGACCAGGUUGGACAGGACCAGCUUGUAACAUACCGACGAUUCCGACAACAUUCAAGCAACAAAGUUACGUGAAAUACGCGCUUAGUUUUGAACCUGAUCGAUUCAGCACGCAAAUUCAGCUGCGAUUCAGAACUCGGGAGCAGCAUGGCGAACUGUUUCGGGUGAGCGAUCAGCACAAUCGGGAGUAUGGAAUACUGGAGAUAAAGGAUGCCCGACUGAGGUUCCGAUACAACCUGAAUUCUCUGCGUACGGAAGAGAAAGAUAUUUGGCUGAAUGCGAUCGGAGUGGAUGACGGACAGUGGCACGUAGUGCGAGUGAAUCGGCACGGUUCAGCGGCAACGCUGGAGCUAGAUGGAGGAGAAGGCAGACGGUACAACGAAACGUUCACCUUCGACGGGCAUCAGUGGCUGCUGGUAGACAAACAGGAGGGUGUCUACGCCGGUGGCAAGGCUGAAUAUACCGGUGUAAGGACAUUUGAAGUUUAUGCCGACUACCAGAAGAGCUGUUUGGAUGAUAUACGAUUGGAAGGAAAACAUUUGCCACUUCCCCCGGCAAUGAAUGGCACCCAGUGGGGUCAGGCUACGAUGGCUCGCAAUCUCGAUAGAAACUGUCCGUCCAACAAGCCUUGUGCGAACGUUAUCUGCCCGGAUCCCUUCGAAUGCGUAGACCUUUGGAACGAGUACGAGUGCACUUGCGGUGAGGGUCGUGUCAUGUCACCGGACGGUAAAGGAUGCAUGGAUCGGAACGAGUGUCUCGAUCUACCGUGCCUGAACGGAGGCAUCUGCGUGAAUCAGGAGCCCCGCCUGCGCUACCGGUGCGACUGUCCGGACGGAUUCUGGGGUGAAAACUGCGAGCUUAUCCAGGAGGGACAGACACUGAAGCUGAGCAUGGGCGCUCUAGCCGCCAUUCUUGUGUGUCUACUAAUCAUAUUGAUUCUGGUGCUGGUGUUUGUGGUCUACAACCGAAGACGAGAGUCGCACAUCAAGUACCCGGGACCGGACGACGACGUGCGGGAAAACAUCAUCAACUACGAUGAUGAAGGAGGCGGCGAAGACGACAUGACCGCGUACGACAUCACACCGCUGCAGAUCCCGAUCGGACCGAUGCCGGAGCUGACGCAGUGCAAAAUGCCACCAUUGAUGUAUCCCGUAAUGACGAUGGGACCCGGUCACGAGCCGAACGUUGGCAUGUUUAUCGAGGAGCACAAGAAGCGAGCCGACAGCGAUCCAAAUGCGCCUCCCUUCGAUGACCUGCGGAACUACGCGUACGAGGGCGGUGGCAGUACGGCCGGUUCGCUCAGCUCGUUACAGUCAGGCACCGACGAGGAAGUGCAGGAAUUCGACUAUUUGGACGCUUGGGGUCCACGCUUCGACAAGCUGGCCAACAUGUACGGCGAGCAUCAUCCAACAGACUUGGAUGAGCUUAAUUAG